CAAAUGACAUGUGUGUCCCUACUGAUGGAAUAUCCGAUCGAGCUCGCAAGAACUUUGAGCGGGAAAAGGAGUAUGCACGGCAUUCCGAUUGGGUGAGGGUCAAGGAUCGGUCCGAUGAAAUGUUUAUCCUUUGAACAAUCAUCCUGGUAUGUAUAUAGACAAGCAAAUCCCAUCUCUUACAAUUGCAGCUGAAACAAAAGGAUGACAACUUCAACAACGACAACAACUAUUCAAUCAACUCUAGACGCUUGGUCAAAAUGUGAUAAAUUGGAUACAUUAUUCGUACUAUUUUGUACUUCUGCUUGUUGGUUAGUCGUACCGGCGAUCGGGUUAGCAUAUAGUGGUUACUCCGUUCGUGGAAAUGGUUUGGCAUCUUAUUAUCCAGCUUUGUUGGUCAUGUUAAUCGUUACAUUACAAUGGUGGUCAAUAGGUUAUUCGAUCGCAUUCGCAGAUGGAAAUGGUGUAUUUGGCAAUCCGUUCACGUAUGCAUUUCACAAAAACGUUGGAGCAGAACCCGUUGGAACGAUUCCUGGUGUGUUAUUCAGUAUGUUUCAAAUGGUAUUUUGUGCAACAGUUUGUGCGAUGGCAGUAGGCGGUGCUGCUGAACGUGGAAGGAUAGUAUCAUUGGUACCGUUCAUCUUCCUUUGGGCAACGUUUAUUUAUUGCCCUUUGGCCCAUAUGGUUUGGUCGGAAGGUGGAAUGUUGGCAAAGCUAGGUGUGAUGGAUUUUGCAGGUGGAACGCCAGUUCAUAUCUGUAGUGGAUCUUCUGCAACUGCAAUCUCGGUAUAUCUUUCAAGACCGCUGUUUCGUUCAAAACGCUCCUCCAAACGAACACCUUCUCAUCUAAAAUUACAUAAACCAUACAAUAUCAACAGUAUGCUGUUUGCCAUGAUUUUGAUUUGGAGUUGUUGGUUACCGUUCGAAUCAGGAACUGCACUUUCUCUCAAUUUCAAAGCUGUAAUGGCAUUUUGCGUAACACAAUUGGCCGCAGCUUCAGGUUCGCUAACUUGGAACGCUUUAUCCUACUUCGAAAGUGGCAAGAAAUGGUCUUUGGACAGUGCAACAUUAGGCAUGUUGGCCGGUUUGGUAAUGAUUACGCCUGCAGGUGGAUUUGUAAGUUUGACGGAUGCUGUAAUUUUGGGUUUCCUUGGAUCAUGUGCGAUUUAUUGUAUGUUAAAAUUCAAAUUUACCAAAAAAGCACAUGAAAUGGCUUGGGUUGAUCCUGCAGACGUUUUUGCAACUCAUGCUUUCGGAGGAGUGAUUGCAACCUUGCUCUGUGGAAUCUUUGGUCAAAGAUUAUAUGCUGGCUUUGAUGGAGUAACGGAUAUACCCGGAGGUGUUUUGCAUGAUCACAAUUAUCAUCAAUUCCUUAUCCAGCUUCUAGAAGGAUCAAUCGGAGUCAUUUGGAGUUUCGGAGCAAGUUAUAUAAUCAUCGCUUUGAUCGAUUGUAUUCCUGGUCUUGAAGUCCUUUGCACCGAUGACGAGCUAAUGAAAGGUAUGGAUGCUUCUCAAAUGCUCGAAUCACUCGUUGGCGCUCACGCAGAAGACGAGAACGAUUACGAGCCAUUCUCUCGUCCUUUGAGGUUGGAUUGAAGGUCAGGAGGCUUAUCAUGUAGGAACAGUUUCUUAGUGCGUUUCUUGCUCAAUA